AUGUGACCUUUGAGUGAUUUCUUCAGUAAACGCAAAGUUUACAGGUUGAUAUUUUAGUGUUGUCAUGCGUAACUAAAUCGGUAAUAGCAAAAGUGAUAUUCGAUUCUUAUUAAAAACAAUAUUGUGCGAGCACUGUCGAAGAUGAGUGGGAUGUCGUGAUUGUUUACUAUGUUAAACUGACUUUCAGCUGAGACAUGUUAUUUUGAAAGUCAUGGUCGUGCUACUGUCUUGGUGUGCAGUAUGAUUAGCGCGGGAAACGAGUAGCGUAAUGUAUUUUCAGCUGUCCAAGGUAACUUUGUACCAACAGUUUGUCAUAUUGAGUGUUAAAUUUACAACAGUGUUUAUCGGGAAAUGAUUCAUGUAAACAGAUAUUUUCAUGGAAAGAAAUAGUAUUAUAGGAGCGAAAAUUUCGUGACAGCGAUGUCAAGUAUGUUCCAGAAACUCUUACCUUCUUUGUUAUCCUACAUGAUGUUGUGCAAUCAAAACAAAGAUUUUGUUGUUGUCUAGGCAACACUGUAUUGCAACAUGUUGUUUUUGGACGCUUGCUGAUAAGAAUGAAGGAAAUUAUGAAACACAGAGACAGAUUGCACUAUGUCAUCUUCAUUAUUCCAUUGUAUUCUUGGAUUUUAACGUACCAUUUAGACAAAAGCUUUUAGAAGUUAGCUUUCAUCAGCAAAAUAAAUGACAUAAGAGACAAUAAAAACAUGGCUGAUCCUUUUUAUACAGGGGAAUUAUUUAUUGACCAGGGAGUAACAGUGAAGCAAGAGCCAUUGGUAAUGGACAGCACUAGUAGCACAACAGCUAGUGUCCCAAUACCGCAUCGUAGAGGCAUGGAUCUUUCAGAUUUUAGAGACUUUGGAUUUGACUUUGUGGAUAUCUCCUCACCAUCUUCUGUAUCUCAAGACAAUACACCAAAUGCUACCAAUAUUGUUAGUGUCACAGAACUGUAUGCAGAGUCUCCAUUGUGGACCACAAAAUUGCCUAGUGAUUGUGAAACCAGUAGAAGUGAUACAUUUCGAAUGGAUGAUGAUGAUAUCUUCCAAGUUGAUAAAGCAGAUCUUAUUCAAGGACCUACACUUGCAGAAUUGAAUGCAAAUGAUGAGAACUUGUUGGAUGACUUGAAUUUUGAUGAUCUGUUAUUGCCAGAAGAAAAUAGCUACUACAUCAAUGUGCCGCCUUUUGCAUCACAGUCAAGGACAUCUGCUGCUCCUCCACUUGUCCAAGUCACAAAUGUGAACUCUAAUUUAGGAAAUAAUAAUGUAGCACAACUUUCCCAGAGCCUUGUUCCAUCUUCAUUUCCACCAGCUGGACUUGGUUUUUACAAGGAUGCAUUCAGUGUAUCGUCAAGUGUGCCAUCCAGCCCAUUGGACGUUUUUUUGAGUGGCAAACCUAGUAAUGGUGUUCAGACAGUUGAUGCUCUUUCACCAGGGAGUCAAAACAGCUCUAGUUCUUCAUUGCUUCUUCAUUCAGCAGCAUCGUCUGUCACCCCUCCACCUCUUGGAGUCAGCCCAUUGCAGCAGAAACACAGUACCCUACAUGAACUUUUACUCAAAAAGGAAACAUACUCUUCAGCAUCACCGGAGAGGCAGCUUUUUGUUCAGUCAGUUCCAGGACCACUCAGCCCAACUAACUCUGUAAGUCCUGUCCCAGAAGUGCCAUCAGGUAGUAGAAUAACAAGAAGCGGUAAUACAGGAUAUGGAUCAAGAUUAUCAUCGUCAGCGCCAACUCAUCUUGGACUGGAACAAAUUUGGCAGCGCAGGGAACCUCGGCAGCAUCUUCUUUCUACUGGAUCAUUAGCUGAAGCAGGGUCCACUUCUUCAAUCUCUACAGGUGGUAUUUUAAGCCCCGAGUCUCAUGAAUUUUCUCAUGAUGAGGGGUUUGACUCUGAAGAUGACAGCGAUCAUUAUGAGGACUUCUCUUCAGAUGCAGAUUCAAGUGAUGGAGAAGAUGGACCUUCACGAUCUAUGUCAAAGAAAGAACGUUAUUUCUGGCAGUAUAAUGUACAAGCGAAAGGACCAAAAGGGCAGCGGCUUGUGCUUAAGACAAAGCUGGAAGACCCACAUGUCCUGAAUGAAGUAACAGAUCCUGUAUUUAGUCCUCAGUGCUCAGUUCGAGGCAUUAAGCACAGUGGGAAAGCAAGAAAGGGCGAUGGAAAUGAUCUCACUCCAAAUCCACGUAAACUAUAUAAUAUUGGAAAAGAAUUGGACAAACUGAACCGGAUUAUUAAUGAUAUGACUCCAGUCAGUGAACUGCCCUUCAAUGUGAGGCCCAAAACACGCAAGGAAAAAAAUAAGCUAGCUUCCAGAGCUUGCCGACUUAAGAAGAAAGCUCAACAUGAGGCUAACAAGUUGAAAUUAUUUGGACUGGAAAAUGAGCACAAAAGGUUAAAUAUGGGAAUAUCCCAGGUAAAACAACUUCUGGCAACAAAGUGCACUACCGAAAAUCCUGAAAAACAAGAAGAACUGACUAGACAAAUUGAGAAGAUAAGCAGAACUGUGACAAAAUUCAAGAUUGCUGGUCACACAACAGACUUUGUCAAUAAAGUAUUGGAGAAAAUGAAAAAUGGUGUACCAAAUGGUGGACUGGAUGACCUUCAGAGUAUACAUAUGUAAUGUAUCCAGGUACGUGGAAAUGGAUGACAAUAGUGUUACGAUAAUUAUGAUAAAAAGUGUUAUGAUAACGCUGGAAAAAGUAAUUUCAAUGCCCAUUUUAUGUACUGCAACUUUGGCCACUACUGAGUAAUUGUAAAUGUAAUGUAAAAACAGUGGCCGAAGUGCUCUUACAUAUAUAGUGUUACUUAGUAAGUAGUGUCACUGUGCUGGUUCAAAAAUAUUGUGCUGUAUGUAAAACUUUUUAUGCUCUGUUUCCUUACUAAUUGUAUUAUAUUCAUUGAAUAAUCCCCACAUAAUGCCAAAUAUAUUGUGCCCUGAGACAGUAUAGAUAGAUAUACAUUGACACUAACUGUAUAUUAAUUCUUGCUUACUUUUUUUACUAUAAUUCUUGAGCAUAAUAAAUAAAAAUGGCCAUAAAUACCUAUUUUGGCUGCUUUCCGUGCAUGUAUGCUCAAAAUUUAAAAUUGUUAAUACUAAUGUACAUGUUAUUUAACAUGCCCAACUUGGAGGGUAAUGAUGUGUUUACAGUAUUUUCUUGCACAGAGCGUAGUCACAGUUUCAUGUAAUUUUUUAAACCGUGAUUCUUUUGUUUUACAAAAGCUUCAAGCUUCCUUAAUGAGAACAGGUUCCAUGGCUUUAUGGAUUAAAUGUACACUGUAUCUUGAAGCAUUUGUUCAUAGUUACUUUUCAGUAAAUACAUGGAUGUCUGUGCUAAACAAAUUAUUGAUAAGGAUUCAGACACAAUUGCUUCACUUUGUUUAAUACUCCUUUAUUUUUAAAUGAAUGUAAGAUACAGCUACAAUGCACAGUAUGUGUAACUAUCAUAUGUUACAUGAUCAGUUUUAGAAGUUUCCUGUCUUUAAGAGAUUUUUCGUAAUAUAUGUUUCUUGAACCUCUACCCUUAGUGUCUAGCCUGUAUUGCAGAUCCUACUUCGAGGUCUCCUUUGUGGAUGCAGAAAGUGUCGCAUUUGUAGUAUUUAUGCCAUCUUCCCUUCAGCUAAUUGUCUGUGUAGUGCUCUUCUUUCCCCUGAUUUCCAGUUCUAACCAGUGUUGUUUUCCUCAGUUCGGGGAGUAGCUAAACAGCUUAUAAGUCUACAGAAAGGAAGUGUGGUGCCUGCUCUCAUUAGCAUUAUACGAAGGUGCUGAAUGAAUGGCAAAAAUGGUCAACUUUCUGUAGUAUGGAAGUUUGUGAUUGUGACUGAUGUGCAAUAAAAUACAAAAAUAUUUAAACCAAAUCGAGAAUAUGCAGUGUGUUACUUGUUCAGUCAACUGUAUUGAUAGUAAUGAAAAAAUUUUAAUCCUGCUGUCCAGUAUUUAAUUUUAUUCGCUUGCUUCAUAUUUUUAUAACAUUGACAUGAUGGCAUUGCAAAUAAACUUUUUUUUUUGCUACUGUUAACUUCACAUUGAGAUGAAGCUGUGUCAGUCAGACAGCCACUAAAAAUAGUUUUCAUAUGUAUUUCAUAUGUGGGCUUCUAUAUGUUUUACAUGGAGUGUUGGAAGAAAAAUUUUUAAUCCAAAUGUUGUUGUUUACUGAUUAUGCUGAGCUAUUGGCACGUGCAUGCCUUGACAUAAAAUGAAACAUGACUGUUCUCUAUUAUCAGGUACCGUCAACUGUUAAAAACAAGCUUGCAAAGUUGGUCACAUUGUGAAUAACAAAAUGCUAAGGUGUCAGUAUUGCCCAUUUAUCACAGUUAGCAUAUCAGUUCGAUAUAGUGCUUUCUCACUACUUCUUUUGAUAAUUCUUUAAGUGAGCAGUUCUUAAUAAUGACUAAUAUUGAAGAAGAAACUAUUAUACACAAUAUCUGGGACAUAUUUAGUCAUUCAGAACAAAACAUAAAAGCAAAGGCAGAAAAAUGCCUAUUUUUGAUUGUAAGAGGAAGGACAAAAAUAAUGUAUGGUGUUUAGUAAAUAAUGAAGAAAUCAGAAGGAUUAAGUAGAAUUUAUAACAUUCAAUUACUCAAUGUUAGUUUGAUAACUGUAUUCUGCAGUGGAACAAUUAUAUAAUCAUAGAGCUAAAUAUACCCUGUGAAUAUAUUUCAUAUACAUUUUUAUCAAUAUUGUAAUGUAUAUUCUCAGAUAUGUAUAAAUUUGUGGGAAGCAUUAUCUAGUAGGCAUCAGGUAUAGUAUUUUGAUGGAAUGCAAAUUGCCAUUUGGAUAUAAAAGUAUUGCUUCUAUGUGUAUAAACAUUUAAUAUUCAUCUAAAAAUCACCUACAAGACAUUUAAAUAAAUGUUAGGAUUGAAUGGUUGUUUGCAAUUACUUGUAGUAUGUAGAUAAUUAACAGUAUGAGGAUACAGAAGGAAACUUAUGUAUGAUUUCAAAGUUGCUUUCACAUCUAGAGUGGAAACUGUAUUUUGCUACUUUUUUUUUCUUUUUCUUUUUUAAAUAGUUAGAAUAAUUGUGUAUAAUUUCAAAUUCCAGUAGAGGUGAAAUUGGUGUGAUAUCAGCAAAUGAAUGCCAUUGUGGGUAUCAUAAUUGGCUCUUUACUGCAGUUUGACACAAACAGGGAAUGGGGAGAAAUUAUAACAGUAUUUUUCUUUUUGUUUUUGCUUACUUCUGGGCAGAGCAUAAAGAGCAGUGAAUAAUAAGGUAAUUUGUAACAGUACUGUUCGCUGUUGUAGCACUAAGAUUUUUUCAUCAUAGUGUGUGACUUCACAAAAUGUGAUAGUGAAUUGUGAUAUUCUAUACAGAUGUGUGUAUUUAUAUAUUCGUAUUUUGAAGAUGUGCAAGGAUAUUUUUUAGUACUUUUUAGAUUAUUGAUUUACAAAUUUAGAGAGAUGUAAGAGGAAUGAAUGUGAAGAAAUAUUUAUUGUACAGUUUUACAGAAAACCACUAUUUUCAGAAUUUUACAGGUAGAUAAUGCUAUGAAACAGUGUCUAAUAGAAAGCUGAAUUUAUUAGUGUUAUACAGGUUUCAGUAUUUGUAAAUAAAUGACCUUUUUUUAAUUUUCUAGUAGCAAAGUAAUUGCAAUUUAUAAUAUUAUAUUAUCUUUAUUAAGUUGAAUCUGUAAUUAGCAAGGUAGCAACAAGGUUCUUGCACUGCUUCUUUUUAUAUUGCUAUCUGAAUAUGGUACAGUAUCAAGCUGAUUACUUAUGCUGCUAUACUGUCUGCAUUUUGCUGAUCACAAACUGUGCAGUAACUUAAUAAAUAGUUCCUAAAAGUAUACAUGUCCAUUGUGUACAUAAUUUCUGUAGUGUGGCAAUUGUUACAUGCAAACUUAUAUGUAAUGAGACAUUAUUUAUGUGUUUGUACAGUACUUACAAAAGUUUAUUUCUGUUCUGAAAGUUUUUUGUGUAUAUGUGCGCUUUAAAAUUAUUAUUAUUAUUAUUUUUUUUACUCUGACAUGAGUCGGCUAACAUUCUUUGUAUCGUACAUGGCCUCCAUAUCUGUAGUAUUUGUCAAAUUUAUGUAUUACUUCAGAGCCAGAACAUAUUUUUAUAAAGUGUCAACUAGUCAUACUAUUCAGUCAUAUUGUAUGCCAGCUAUGUAAAUAACUAUUUUAAUGCACAACUGAUAAUUGUGAUGUUAUGUAAAUAGAUACAAAUUUUAAUUUACUGCCUUCAUGUACAAAAAUCUUGUUAAAUGUUAAUAAAUGACUGCUGUGUUUUGAAGCCAUAAACAUCUUCCUGUUUCCUUAUAUGUGCACAUUUCAUGUACAAUUCUAACCCAUUUUUGUGGCUGAUUGAAUAUGAUUGUUAGAUUACCUGUUCUUGUUUGUAUCCAGAAAAUGCAUCUGUCAUUGUUAUUUCUUUGAAAGUGAACUUGCUUUUUUGUAAGAGAUGUUCACAUUAUUGUGGUGAUGCCUAGGUAGAAACUUCUGGAAAUCGUACUGUGUAAGACAGUCUCUGAAUUGUUGAUUAUCCCUGUGCAAUAUACAGGCAUCAAUAUACCAAAAUAAGUUCUCAGUUUAUUCACAAGAUUUCUAAGGUUGACACUAAUUCUUUUCUCAGUUAGUUUUCACGUGAAGGCUAAUUUGUUCACCCAGUCACAAACUGAAAUGUCUUGUAAUUUUUACUCAAAUUUUGGCAUAAUUUUAGGAGGUUAAUGUUAGAGAAGUGAACUUUCAGGACAUACUAUAUUUUUUAUAACAUAUUAUUUUACUCUCAAAAGAUUUGUGGUAUCCGUACAUUUGAACACACAACAUGCAGAAAACCAGGUAAUUUUAGUUCUGUCAAGUCAUUCUGUUGCGAGUUGUUCAUUCCCAUCAUUUAGCAAAUUUGUGGGUCAUAACAUUUUAUUUGUGCAAAAUUGUUUUUGCACAUUAUCAGCACUGAAUCCCUAACAUAGGUACCCCCCAAAAAACUCACACACACACACACACACACGUACACACGUUGGGACACUGGAGAAGAGAACUACUGUUUUAUGGGUCAAAAACACAGUAUUUACACUAUUAUUGAUUAGUACAUGUUUUGUUCCUUAUUUCUUUGGGAGUGUAUUGGUAGUAAACAUAAAUGACCUGCAAAUUCCAUUUCAACACUGAAAGUCUUUAUACUAAGGGAAUUUCUUUAGGCACCUAGUGAGCUCAGAUUAUGUUAUAUCUUAUAUUUAUUAUUAACCUGGAGGAAUAUUGUUGAUACUUUGUGCUUCUUGAAAGGAAAUUCAAUAUUAGUAAAUAAUUUUAAGAUGCUAAAAAUCCUCCAACUGUACUUUGUUGGUUAGUGUAUCAGAGAGUGUUUUUGGGCAGCACACAAAUUUUGAUUAUUUUUAGAAUAGUGUUUUCCAUUAAGAACUAUAUAAUUUGUUUCAGUGCAGGAAAACUGACUUUGUUUGAAUAAAUUAGUAUGUGCUGGAAUAUAUUAAAUUUUGACGACGAGUCCAUCUCUCCUGUAUAAAUUUGCCCUCCUUUAAUAUAAUUCAUGUACAUACUCUCCAUGAUUCCGUCAGUUUUGUUCACAAUUUGGCAAACAGCAUUGCUCGGUGUGAAAUUUAAGCUUUACCAAAUGUAUUAGUGUUUGAAAAGUCAGAAUAGCAGCCCGAUAGAAUUUUCAAAAACUGCCAACAUUUCGAUGUGCACAAACCACUUUUACUAAGACACUGAUGACAUUCAGUUGAAGGUUUGUGCUUAGUUUACUUAUUUUUCAAGGUACAGGUUUAUUUACUAUUUUCCGUUGAGUUCAAUUCAGUGUUCUUUUUCGGUUGACCAUUAUUGUAAGACGUGCUGUUUAGUCAAGAUGGACAUCCUGCCAAACCAGUGAAAGUGAGGAAAUUAGUAUGUAGUUUCCUGGGAUACAUAGUGUGGACUAUUUUCAGCCUCAGAAAACACUUUAAUUUUCUCUUCCUGUUUGGCUUUCUGCCAUGAUAUGGCUGCUUUGCUUUGCUUUGCUGUCUGAAGCAAGGCUACCCCCUUCCCUUCACAGGGAAGCCGGGUUGUAACAACUGUAAAAUUGAUAUUAAUUAAGGCAUUAUAUAUAUAUAUAAAUUGACAUUUAUUACUGUAUGUACUGUAUGGGAUGUCUGGUAAAAUUAUCACCCCCCCCCCCCUUUUCUCUCUCUCCUGUUCCCAAAGAAACAAUAACUGUAUGAACAAAAUGACCAUAUUGCAGCAGCUCUCCCUCUACUUUGCAUACUUCAUUCAUCAUCUAAAGUACAUAUAUUCUGGUGUUUAUAAACCAACAAGUUCUUGUAGAGAAAAACAAGCACUAAAAAGUGUUUCUUUGUUAGUCUUUAAAUUGCUUUUGGAAUUGGAUGACUGAACAUUUUUCUUUAUUUAAAGGCAGUAAACAAAAUUCCACAUUGUUGAUAUGUUUAUUCUGUGUAAAGCAGAAUGUAAUUUGAAGAAUGUGCUGCUUUUGGGUUUCUGAAAUCAUAGAAAUACUAUUAAAUAACUUAACAAAUGGAAACACAAUUUAAGAGUAGUAGUAGUUUGCAAAAGAUUGCAGUAUUCCUUCUCUGUUAAUUGUUAACAUUCCAUAAUGGAUAUUAAGAACUGAAACAGAUGUCAAUAUUUCCAAAAGUUAACUUGUACUUCUGAUUUCCAGAGUGGAAACAUGAUUCUGGUCUUAGUAAUAGCAAUAUUUUCAUGUUCCAGCUAAUUUUUUAAACAUAGAAUGCUGACUCCAAAGACAGUUCUUUCAGAAGUAUAAAAACUGUGGACAGUUCCUGAUAAUUGUACAAAAUUUGAAAUCAGUUUCUUAUGCUCAUUAAUUUUUUUUAUAAUACAUGUAAUUUACAUGCUUAUGAAGUAGUAGUUUUUUCAGUAUUCCUAUGGGAAGUGUCACAGGCAUUUUCAUUAAAAACUGUGGUGUUAACACACAGCACAGAGUAAUGAAAUUAAACUGGAAGGGUAGACAUAACAUUUCAGAAAUUUCUUUUAUGAGUACAACUACAGGUUGAACUGAAAUACAAUUUUCUAAAUUUAUUAUUACAACCACCCUUUUUUUUAAGACAAAAAGCCAUUUCUUGAGGAAUAAUGUCACAGUGACCUGACAAAUAUACAUUUCAAGAACCAGUAAGUGAAUCAAUGGUUAUUUAAAGCUGUACUUUUAUAUGAUGUUAUGGAAACUGUGUGUUCAGUUGGUCUCUAUAGGAAGAAACCACUUUAUAUGUGGGUAUAUUACUUAAAACAGUAUAUCUGAAAAUAGAGGAAUUUUUCAAGAACGUACUGGUAAAAGCCGAUCUGAAGAAUGGGUUUGUCUAUUACCAGAACCAAAUGUUUGUGGAUUUUGUAUUUAUUUCC